AUGUUGCGAAACUCGAGCAGAUACGUUCAGUUUGUUCGGUCCAACGCUCGCAGUUUUGGUUUGAAAAUGAGCCCGCUACCAGACGUCAAGAAUCUUCCAGCACUGCAUAGUACGCUGGAACAGGCCAAAAGAUUUGCAGCUUACAGAGCGGUGGACGAAAACCUGGACUACGCCAACCACCGCGUGAUUGGUGUUGGAAGUGGGUCCACGGUGAUCUACGUGGCAGAACGUUUGGGCCAGUACCUUUUGGAUCCCAAAUUCUCUAUCUAUGCAUCUCAGUUUGUAUGCAUUCCUACAGGAUUCCAAUCCAAAGAGCUUAUCCUCAUGAACGGACUCAGACUUGGGUCUAUCGAACAAUACCCGGCUCUGGACAUCGUGUUCGAUGGUGCUGACGAGGUGGACGUGAACUUGCAGCUCAUCAAAGGUGGUGGUGGGUGUUUGUUCCAGGAAAAACUGGUGAGCACUUCUGCAGCCAAAUUCAUCGUGGUGGCCGACUACCGUAAAAGAUCUCCCAAGUAUCUCGGUACCAACUGGGUCAAAGGUGUUCCCAUCGAGGUGGUGCCCUCCGGGUACACCCGUGUGCUAAACGACUUGAGGACCAAACUAAAGUGCAAAAACGCCGUUCUCAGGCAAGGUGCUCCCGCAAAGGCUGGACCAGUGGUCACCGACAACUGUAAUUUCAUCAUUGACGCGGAUUUUGGAGAAAUCGAGCACCCUGAGAAUCUGCACCGGGACAUCAAGAUGUUGGUGGGCGUAGUAGAAACGGGUUUAUUCAUUGACAACGCUCAAAAAGCGUAUUUCGGGAACCCCGACGGAUCCGUCGAGCUACAAGUAUGA